CCGAAUCUAGCAGACGACAGGUGUUGUUUCUACAGCUUUCUUGCUAAAAAGAAUGGAAGGAGAUUUGAUUUGUAAUUUUAAGAAAUGUCGGAAACAUUUAACCACAUAUGCAUGGGUUACCUCUUGUUCUCAUAUAUUCUGUGAUGAACAUGGGACAAAAGAGUUCAACAAGUCAUUUGACUGUCCAGCAUGUGAAACAACAUUAUCUAGAAAAUUUGACAUAAUUCGAGUUGACUUGCAGCCAACUGAGGAGUACAAGUCUAUGGUUUUAGCUGGUCAGAAACCAGAAGUUAUCAUGGAAAUAUGUGCCAGGUCACUAGCCUUUUGGACAUAUCAGUCUCACCAAGAGAGGGCAUACCAGGAGUAUAUGGCUACAAAGGCUAAAAACCAGGCUGCUCAGCUGGAACAGUACUACGAACAGAUCAUGCUGCGAACACAGACAGAGCUGUCAUCUUUGAAGUCAAACCUUGCGACUGUCAAGAAGGAGCUUGAAGAAGCGAAGAAGAUGCAUAAUAGUGUGGGAGAAAAACUGAUGGAAAGAAGCAGACAGUACCAAAAACUACAGUCUCUGUACGAUGCUCUGCGGAGGAAGUGUAUCACGCCAUCAUCAUUUGACAGUGGCCGCGGUGAUGCAAGCAACCUAGAGCAGACGAAUCUACGACUUCAGAACUUCACGCUGGGACUCUCAUCGGUGGAUGAUGUUUUGAGACGACACAGUAGAAUACCACAGGGGUCAUCACCACCAGAGAGAGACUUCGUCUUAGAGCCAGGUCGCACGCCAACAGUAGAUCACCACGAUGAAAUUGACUCUCGAUUUCACUAUAUCGGAACACCUAGAGGUUAACAUGUAAACUACACCAUCAGAACAUCUGAAGAUUAACAUAUAUAAACUACACAACCAUGACACCUAGACGUUAUUAACUUAAAAUCUGAAUAAUGACACCUAGUGGUUAACAUCUAAAUUAGACCACCAUGAUACCUAGAGAUUAACUUCUAAACUACAUCAUCAAACACCUAGAGGUUAUCAUUUACACUACAUCAAAACAUCAAGAGAUUUAUAUCUAAAUUAUACCAGCGUCACCUAGAAGUUAACUUCUAAACUGCACAAUUAAACACCCAGAGGUUAACAUCUACAUUAUACAACCAGGACACGUAGAGGUUAGCAUCUAAACUACAUAAUCAAACACCUAGAGGUUAACAUCUAAAUUAUGACAUCUAGAGGUUAACAUCUAAACUACACCAAACACCUAGAGGUUAACAUCUAAAUUAUACCACGAUGACACCUAGAGGUUAAAUCUAAACUAUACCAUCAAACACCUAGAGGUUAACAUCUAAAUUAUACUACUGUGACCUAGAGGUUAACACCUCACUUAUACCAUCAAACACCUAAAUGUUAACAUCUAAAUUAUAUAACCAUGACACCUAGAGGUUAUCUUCUAAACUACACCAUCAAACAACUGGAGGUUAAUAAAUCUAAACACAUAUAUACUCUGUGUAACGAGAAAUAACCUAACCACUGGGCUACACACCUGCCCACAUUUACUACGUUGGUUGUGUUGACAGUGAAGUAGAUAUGGUGGUAAUUAUUAAACAUUGGGUAUUAACAUUUUAUUCUGCUGAGCAGACCUGCAGCUAAAAAACGGUUUAACCAGGAAAUGGAAUCUUUGGUAAAAGUUAAUGAUAAAUAAUUGUCAUACAUUUUGUUAUUUUUUCUUUUCUACAUUUUAUAUUCUGUAGCUACAUUUUUUUUAAAAGUAGACUAUCCAAAAAUGUUUAAUGAAGAAUACGAAUCAGUGAUUUUCAUAUUAUAAUUUAGAAUAAUGAUGUUACAUUUCGAUGGAGUUUCUACUUUAUAUUCUGUUAGCAGCACAUUCUUCAUUAUGUGUGAAGAAACAGCAGACCUGCUGUAGCUAGAACACUUAAAUUGUAAUUUAUUUUAAAGACAAAGUCUCACACCAGUUGACCUACAGGAAGGAAGGAAGGAAUUUUUUUAUUUAACGACGCACUCAACACAUUGUAUUUACGGUUAUAUGGCUUCAGACAUAU